AUGGCUGACUCUGACUCCGAUUCCAGUCCUCAGCACACCCGCAAUGUCCGAAAGCGCGCCCAGCAAUGGGUCACUAAGGGUGCCCUAGUCCGAGAGGACUCCGACGACGAGCUAGGUGACGAAGACCUCCCUUGGCACUGGAUCUAUGCACCUGAGCCUGAAGUCGCGGAUCAAGCCGAAGCUAACGGCGCAAGCUCUACCAAGGCAAACCGCCGUCGCUCUUCCCGACCUGCCAGGAAACGACCGACCAUUGUGGGCGCUCGCAUGGGCACAUUCGAGUGCUACCUCGGUCAAGUGGUCCUUUUAAAAUCACCGGAGCCCGGGAAAGAUUGGGUGGGAAUUAUCACAGAAUUCGUGGAGGAAGAGGACGAAGACGAAGAUGACAAAAUGAUCAAGUCCGCCAACAUCAUGUGGUUCGCAUCCCCUGAUGAGUUCUUGUCAACAAGAAACAAGCGGAGAGCAGAUGCUUUGCCGAACGAGCAAUACCUGACCGCGGAUUUCAAUACAAACCCUCUUACGUCCAUCAAUGGCAAGGCUGUCGUGAUGUCCAAGGAUGCUUUUUAUGCCAAAUAUCCGAACGGCAUUCCUCCCAAGGACAAAACCGAAUUGGCCGAAUACAACAAGUGUAUCGUUGUCCGUCGAGGUGUGAGUCAGGCACAGGGAAGAUAUACGGAAGAAUUUGUCUGGGAGAAGGUUUACCAGGAAGACAAUAUCUUCGAUCUUAUCAACCUGGUCAAGGAUGGGCUAAAGGCUGCCAAGAAACGCAAGGUGGCGGAUGACGAGUAUGUCGAGACCAAGGAUGAAAAUGAGGCUCCAACCACACCCAGGAAAAGGCAGCGAUUGGCCGGGAAUGCAACACCCAAGUCUCAGCGCAAGAAGCAGCUGACGACGCCCACCCACAAAAGAAUUGUGGUGAAGAAGCCUCUUGAAUUCACUCCUCUUGGCACUCGUGUUCUCUCGCCAAACCACUUUGCUUCACCAUAUCGCCAAGCACGUAACUUGCUGCAUGUCUCAACAGUACCAGACUCUCUUCCUUGUCGAAAGUCUGAGUUCAAUCAAGUCUACAACCAUCUUAGUGCGGCCAUUAUGGAAGGUACAGGAGCCUGCAUCUAUAUCUCAGGUACACCUGGCACCGGCAAAACCGCAACCGUGCGUGAAGUUGUGGCCCAGCUCAACGGCGCAGUAAUGGCAGAGGAGAUGGACGACUUCAUCUUUGUUGAAAUUAACGGCAUGAAAGUCACCGACCCCCACCAAUCCUAUUCCCUGCUUUGGGAAGCCUUGAAAGGAGACCGCGUCUCUCCUUCUCACGCUCUAGACCUCCUGGAGGCAGAGUUUUCCAAUCCCUCGCCUCGCCGAGUCUCAUGUGUAGUGCUCAUGGACGAGUUGGACCAGCUGGUGACAAAAAACCAGUCAGUCAUGUAUAACUUCUUCAAUUGGCCCGCCCUUCGACACUCCCGUCUUGUCGUUCUCGCCGUGGCAAACACCAUGGAUCUUCCUGAACGAACACUCAGCAACAAGAUUUCCAGUCGUCUUGGACUGACUCGUAUCACAUUCCCUGGAUACCGCCAUAAUGACCUGAUGGAGAUCAUCAGCACCCGUCUGGCAAAUGUACCAGGCAAUAUCGUCGAUCCAGAUGCCAUCCAAUUCGCAAGUCGCAAAGUCGCUGCCGUUAGCGGUGACGCUCGUCGAGCACUUGACAUUUGUCGUCGCGCAGUUGAGAUUGCAGAGCAAGACGCUGAAGAAGCCGCCGCCAGCAACACUCUUGCUGCAAUUGAUGAAGACGAGGAGCCUCCUACGCCUAGCAAAACGCCCGCACGACGCAACAAGGUACUCACCGAUAAGGGCCCUGGAGAUUCUUCUGCCCCGAAACUCCUGGCAGGCAAAGGGCAACCUGGACGUGUCACCAUCGCUACUAUCAAGCAAGCAAUCCAGGAGGCUACUUCCACUCCCCUACAGCAAUCUCUCCGCUGCCUUCCUCUUUCCGGCAAACUCUUCCUAGCUGCCCUCCUUGCUCGGGUCCACCGCACAGGCAUCACCGAAUCAACCUUUGGCGAUGUGCUCGAUGAAGCACGUCGGAUCGCUGACGCGGCCGUUGCUGUUGCUGGAUCUGCUGGAGCUGGCGUUAAGGACUUCCUUCUUGGCGGGGGCACAAGUGCCAGAGUGCGAGCAUUGGGCUUUGCAGCCAUGGAGCUAAUGAACUCUGGUGUCUUGGCUUUGGAGCAAGGUUCAGGCUCAAAAAGCGUAUUAGGUGGCUCUACGAUUCCUGCUCGAGGUGAUCGUAGCAGCAAAGUUCGCUUGAGGGUUGCUGCCGAGGAUGUGAGGUCUGCAUUCCGGGAGGAUCUUGAGGCUAAGGGCUUUGGUCUUGGUACUGAGCAGUGA